GGCAUUUCCUCUGAGCUCAGAGAGAGAGAGAGAGAGAGAGAAAGAGACCGGGAAAAAGAGAAGACAAGAGAGAGAGAACAAGAGGACAAGAGAGAGAGAGAGAACCUGUUGGAGAGGAGUCUUCACAAAGACAUAUAAACCUGACAUCAUACAGACCUGAAGAGGAAAAACAGGAGGGACAGAUUGAAGAAGAGAGGAGGAGAAGGAGGGGCAACUUCUGAAGAGGAACUUCAACUGACUUUAAACUGAACAAACAAGCUGGAGAGGAGAAGAAGAAUAAGAAGUGGGAGUUCUGUUACAAGAAGAAAGGAGAGAAGAAGAAGAAUAAGAAGUGGGAGUUCUGUUACAAGAAGGAAGGAGAGGAGACAACGGAGAGAAGAACAUUGAGAGGAGGGAAAAGACGAGAGGAGAGAGAGAGUCAGCGUGUGUGUGUCAGCGUGUGUGUCAUGAUGGGUUAGCCUUCCCUGACCCUGUCUCAGUUCUCUGGCAUCGCUAGAGAACAAGUCCUAUGCAGACAAGAAGAAGAGAAAGAAGGAAGGAACCUAGGAGCAACAGAAAGAAGGAGAGAGGGGGAACGAGAAGAGAGAGAGGGAACGAGAAGAGAGAGAGGGAACGAGAAGAGAGAGAGGGAACGAGAAGAGAGAGAGGGAACGAGAAGAGAGAGAGAGUGAGAGAGAGAGGAGGAUGAGUGUGUACACUCUGAACCUGCGGGUGUUCUGGCCUCUGUUGACCUGUGUGUUGACAGGUCUGGUUUUCCACCACCACAUAACCCACUGGCUAAGCCCAGAAUCAGGCCCAGAAUCAGGCCCCGAUCCUGGGUACGAGGCUGGGACAGAGCCCUGCUCUGACCAGGGCCUUCCUGUCUUUUUCUCACUCAUCAAACUACUACUGGCCUGUGUCCUCUGCUACCUCUUCAUAAGGUACUGCUCCACCCACCCAGGGGGGCCCCAGAGGGUGCCUCUCGAGGCCGCUGACGGGGCUCUGAAAUCGGGUUGGUCUCGUCGAGAGGUCCUGGAGGACUACUACGAGCGCUGGGUGCGUCUGUCUCCUCACGUCCUGGGGCACAGCAAGGCCCACGUGGCUAAACUGGUCGGGGAGCUGGUCAGAGCCGGACGUGCCACUGGAGGUAUCCCAGAGUCCUCUCUGGCGUUCCGGGGAGACUUCCUGCAGGUGGGCAGUUCAUACGAGGAGCACAAGGUGGGCGCUCCAGACUACUAUGACAUCCUGGUACCUCUGAAGAUACCCCGAGAACUCAGACUGGAGCCACGAGUAUACAGGGGGGAGAGGAGGGGCGAGGAGAAGAAGGAUGAGAGAGGAGAGGAGAAGGGGGAGGGCAAGAGGGAUGUGAGGGGUGAGGAGAAAAAAGAGAAGGGGGACAAGAGAGCUGAGGAAAAUAACAAGAGGGUGGAGGUUAUAGAGAAUUGGAGAAAGUCAGGGAAGGGGGAGGGCAAGGAGGAUGUGAGGGAGCAGAGGGGGAGGUUAGAGAGAAUGGGAGGAGGUCGGGGAAGGGGGAGGGAGGAUGUGAGGGGGGAGAGGGGGGAGGUUAAAGAGAACGGGAGGAGGUCGGGGAAGGGGAACAUGAUGAGGGUAAGAAGCAAUAAAGUGAAGGAAGUCUUGAAGGACGACAGCAAGGUGGAGGAGCAGACAGAGGUCCAAGAAGAAGGGAAGGAAGUCUUGAAGGACGAGGUGAAGGAAGAGAUGAAAGGGGAAAGCUCAGAGGACGGUGGGUGGAGCGGCGUGCCGCGGUGCAGUCUAGAGACGCCUCGCCGUGGGGACUGGCUACGGAAACACCGCAACUUCACUGACACCUUUUUACGAAUGCACCCUUCUCGGGGGUCGCCCGAAAGGUCAUCGAGCUCAUUGUCAGGGGUCACGGCAGUGUCAGGAGGAGGAGGAGGGGGCGGAGUCUAUCGCCUGACCCCGGACUCCGUCCUCCGUUGGUUCUACCCGGCGGUCCAGCGUUGCCUAGCAACCGUGCGCUAUCCUUUCGAGCAGCGCUGUACGCUGACUGGCACUCGCCGACGACCGUGUGCAGCUCCGCCUCACACCCGUUCCGACUACGUCUGCUGUCACAUCUCCAUGGCAAUACGGCUCCUCCCUGCCAUCCCCCUCGGAGACGGGGUCUACCUGGUUCCCAUGGAAACGACGGCCUCGGCGGCGAUGUCAAAUACAGACCAGCACCAGAACCAGCAGAGCGAUGAGAGGGACCUGUGGACUUUGUUCUUCCCCCGCCAGGAGCAGCGUCUGCUAGGCUGGCUCCGUGGCCGCUCACCACAGCCCUCCUGCCACCUCAAGGUACUCCAGCUGACCAAGGCGCUGCGUGACCUGGGUGGCCAGGCACUGGACAGCCACCGGGGGGCGCUCUGGAGGUCAGUCCUCUCCUCCUACACGCUGAAGACGGCCUGGCUGCGUCUGCUACUCAGCUCUCCUGCAGAG